AUGUGGAUACCUACUUUACCUAGUGAUUGUGCCGAGGACCCUUACUUGUCGAAAUUCCAAGGCAGACCUCAAGAACCUACACCCAAGGCCAGAUGGCACGCAUUGUUUGGUGCACCCAAGCCAUUUGAUAGACAUGAUUGGUAUAUCAGUCGUUGCGGUCAAUCGAGAAGAUAUGUCAUUGAUUACUACGAGGCACCCGAAGACGUACCUGGCGUACCUGUCUUCCAUUUGGAUGUACGUCCUGCUUUAGAUGAUGCAGAGAGCGUGAUGGUCAGAUUCAAGGAAGCUGCCAAGGUCAAGUGGAAUCAAUGGUUCCCCACUCCUGCUCCUGCUGCUGCUACUGCCUCUACUAGUAAUGACGGCAAAUCAGCAUAA